ACAAUUCUACAAUGGCAACAAUGCAUGUCCAUCCGGGACACCCUGGUGGGUCACGGAUGGCUGGCCCACCGCCACUAACUCCAUGGUCCCCGGACAAGAAGCACAGUGACCGGGAGCGAUGGGUUUGCAUCUAUCCUGCGUACAUCAACCGGAAGAAAACAAGACAGGAAGGACGUCGAAUUCCGAAACAGUGCUGUGUGGAUGAUCCUUCACCGCAGGAAAUACGAGACGUUCUGCAGGCGCUGAAUAUGAACGUAUUGGUCGAGCCGAAACAAUAUCCGCGAGAGCGCAGCAGGGAACUACAAUGCCGUGGCCGGAUCCGUGUACAGCUUCGUAAUGAUGAUGGUACACCAUUAAAUUCGGAAUAUGCCUCCAGGGACAGUAUACUAAUGCAUCUGGGCAAAACAAUACCGCUGCUGAAGAGUAGACAAUCUAAGGCCCCGGAGCAGUCACAGGCCGCAGCCUCAACCAGUGCUGGACAAAAGAAGGGUAAAGGAAAGCGUCGAUAA